AUGGGCGCUCCCCAUGGUAAAGAGCCAUUGCCAGCACUGGGGCAUUCAAGCGACUCCGAUGGAAAUUCCCAAAUUCCCACACCCAAGUCUACAAGGACCACCUCCGUAGACCUUGCAUCCAGCCCAUCUAGCCAAUCGAGCGCCACAACUCCAGGUCUAGAGCCCCAAACCUCUACUUGCUCUAAAAAGCGCAACGUCGUCCUCCACCCUCGAGAAAUGGUACCUCGAUCGAAACCGACUGUAGCUAAAGAUGGUAAGAGGGAGUUUUUGGAGGACCUACGGAAUUACAUCGCUUUGGGUAGCUUGACAUUAAGACCUAGCAUCGGCGGCGGAGCCUAUCUUCACCAGACACGUUGGAGAGAGUCAAGCGACAUCUGGUUGGCUUUUCACGAUUGCUGCGAUCUCGAGGAUGCUCAUCCAGCUUUGUCCGCACGGACAUUGGCCAAUUGUAAUUGGGCUCGGACUUUUGCUCGGAAGCAUCAACAGAACGGGGAUCUGGCUACCAUAAGGGUUUACAUUUUGCCUGAUGACGUUGGAAGACGAUAUAUCGACAGAGAUAAUGGUCACCUCCGGAAUUACUUGAUGAAGUUGUUGAAUGGGCUUGACAGAUCUCCUCUAUCGUGGGAAGGGCGAAAUCCAUCUGAAAACCACCUCGAGCAUUACAAUGGAGAGUCAAGCAACGACGACUCACUCUUUUACCUUUUUAACACAAUACCUUCUCCAGCUGCACACCCUCCAUCCGUGUCAUGUCCCAUAUCCCAUGAAGCCAUACAGUCCGUUCUUGAGUCCGAUGAGCUGCGAGGUCUGAAGACCAAGCUCUAUCCAUACCAGAGGCGUACUGUCGCUUCGAUGAUCAAGAGAGAGGUCGAGCCCCGAAAAGCAUUAGACUCAAGAUUGCAGUCAUUAGAAGGACCUACCGGACAGCCUUUCUACUAUGACAGAGAGACGGGAGUCUUACUCCGCGACCAACGAACGUAUGAGGAGGCGCGUGGCGGCAUACUGGGCGAAUCCAUGGGUCUUGGUAAGACACUGAUCUGUCUAGCCACGAUACUUGCUACCAAGGGACAUUGGCCAGAGAUACCUCCUGAACACUCGCUUGGAUUACUCCCCGUGCGGUCGGAAGUUGGGUCGCUCAUGCAGAUGGCCGCAGCUGCUGUUGGUCGUGCUCAAGUACCUUGGAGGGCCAUUUUCCAUGAUCUAUCCCAUGAAGGCGAAGACCACAAGAAUUGUCUUGCUCUUUUGGAAGACAAUGUUGGCUCCUAUGUCAUCUCUCCGUCAGUCACUAGACGCAGUCACCGCCCGUCACAAAUACAGAAAGGAAAGACGAUACACCUCACUACCGCUACUUUGAUCAUAGUGCCCCAGAACCUUUUGAGCCAAUGGAAGGACGAGAUCAGCCUGCAUGUCGAAGAACAUCUUCUGAAGGUAUUUUACCUCGAUUCUGACACAAUCACAGUCCCGUCAGCAGCCAAAUUGAUGAAAUACGAUAUCAUCCUCAUGUCGAGACAGCGAUUCGAGCGAGAAAUGGUUCCCAAAGGGAGCGCAAAGGCGCAGUCCAAGUCCAAGUCCAGGUUCAAAGGUGGCUGUAAUUGCUCACUGGACGAAGAUUGUCACUGCUCCGCAGAAGAGCACCAAUCGCCACUAAUGGAGGUCCACUUUCUACGAAUCAUCAUGGAUGAAGGCCAUGAAUUCUCCUCUUCUGGACGCAAAAACAGCGCCUAUUGGGCACUACAGAAGCUUUGCGUGGAUAGGAAAUGGAUUGUAAGCGGAACACCUGCGAGCGGACUUUUAGGCGUUGAAGUUGGGACAGCUACCUUCGAGACUUCACACUCUGCGGCUGAUGACGACCAUCGUUUGACCAAUUCAGACCUGCUUGAAGCCCGAAGGAACGAGUCUGCGCUAAUCCAAGAACGCAAGGACCUUGAGAAACUGGGCGUCAUUGUGGCGGGUUUCCUGCAAUUAAAGCCAUGGGCCAAUAGCAAGGAGCAUGAUCCUGCCUCAUGGUCCAGGUACAUCAUGCCUUACAGUGAUGGAAGAAGGAAAGCUAGAUCAUUGAAGACACUACUAAACAGUCUUGUGGUGCGUCACCGCAUUGAAGACAUUGAAGCGGAUAUUCAAUUACCUCCACUGCACAACCGAGUCGUCUAUCUGCAACCAAGCUGGCACGAUAAGCUCAGCCUGAAUCUCUUCAUACAAGCUUUAAUCGUGAAUGCAGUGACUUCCGAGCGCGUUGACGAAGACUAUAUGUUCCACACAAAGAAUAGACGAGAACUUAAUAAGCUGAUCAACAACUUACGGCAAUCGGGUUUCUAUUGGACAAGUUUUUCUCCAGGUGAUAUUGCCAAGACCGUCAAGGUUUCGCGAGCAUACCUAGAGGAGCAACGGAAUCCUGACUCUGUCUACUACGAGGCUGAUCAGCUACUACUGAAGCAGGCAAUAGAAAUUGGAGAGGUUGCAUUAGAAUCUCCAUCAUGGAGGUCAUUUGCCGACCUGCAUGAGAUGGGGAUGUUCGUUGAGCGUUUCCCUGAGAAUGCUCGAGAUGCUUGGUCAUUGGUACAUCGAACUGGAGACGAGCUUCUACUUAUCGGAGCUACGCAACUUAGCAAAGCUCAAAAUUGGGUGAACUCCCAUCUUUAUGUAAACAAUCCCUCGCAUGGUCUCGCAGGGGUGGGGACCGCCACCAUGCAAAAGCUGUGGCACGGCGUACAGCAGCAAGCAGUGCAGAUACUUCCGGACAAUUCUCUUGAUGGAGAAGACAAUGAUGCUGGAAGAAAGUUUAAGAAGAAGUCGAAAUCGGGAAUCAACGGAACGCCGAAAUUGACCGAGAAGCAGACUGUAUCUCGUGCAAAAGCCAGUCCGAGCCCACGACAGACCAAGAAUAUCCAGUUCAACGCAUCAGAUUCUAGCAAGCCAAUAAGUCUUAAACCCGCUCUUAAGUCUGCUCUCAAGUCAUUUUCGAAAGAGCAAACCACGGAUCCAUUUCCACCGGACUCCGCUUUAGGAAAGAGCACAAUCAGUGGUACCGCAUCCGCCAAGCUGAGCUAUUUGCUCGAUAGAGUCGUCGCACUCCACCAAGACGAAAAGAUCCUCAUUUUCUAUGAAGGCGACCACAUUGCGUACUACAUAGCUCAGGCCUUUGAUCUUGUCGACGUUCGGUACCUGAUCUAUACUAGAACGCUUUCUCUGGCACGUCAGAACGCCUACAUCACAACGUUCAACACUACCGAGACUUUUCGUGUCCUCCUCAUGAACGUGUAUCAAGCAGCUCACGGUCUUCAUAUUGCCACUGCAUCCCGUGUGUUUUUCGUCAAUCCCGUCUGGCAGCCUAAUGUCGAAGCUCAGGCGAUCAAACGUGCCCAUCGUAUUGGACAGGUACGGCCGGUUUACGUAGAAACCCUUGUGCUGAAAGACACUUUGGAGGAUCAUAUGCUACAGAGGAGGAAGGGUAUGACUGCACAGGAGCAUCAGAAGGCCGAGAAGAGUUUGCUGGAUGACGAGACCAUGAGUACCAUUAUCAAGAAUGCCCAUUUCAUACCGUUUACGAAGGACCACAUACAUGAUGCCGACAAGCAAGUAGCAAAAUUGUCCGCCCCUCAGCAAUUGUUUGGGCGAGUUGCUGCAAGUGACCGAGAUCUCGACGAUCCAGACGCAGAUCUGAUUUUGGACUCAUCACAGUCGAAGAAAUCGAGUCGGAAGCGGCAAGUUGACAUUUUGAUGUCUGACUAUGCCCCGGAUCUGAGAGAGUCGCCUCCUCCAAGACGAAGCUCAACGGAUUCCAAUCUUCACUUUAGUGUAGGAACUCGUCUGGCGGAAAGCUCAGCGGCCCCCGACAUGGCAUACCAACAGAAAAGCGACUUUGAGCAUGCUUCGGAGCUGACUAGACCGCCAUCUCCCAGAAGCAUGGCGGCGAAUAUGCCCAUUCGAACUAUUGGAGAAGCUAAUGCGCCUGAAAGCUCGACAGCUCACGACCCGUUCCGCAAGCGAAAGAGCGAUUCUGAGUAUGCCCCAGACCUCACAGCGUCACCACCUCCUAGGAGAAGAACACUCACUUUCCGCACUUCUGGCAUCUCUGGUUCCACGGAGAAUGAUGUGCCGGCAAGCUCGACAGCCUACGAUUCAGUGCCGGCGUCAACAGUAAUCCCGGUGCAUCAGACCCCAUCAACCACGGUCAUGGCUGAUCGCCGUCCUCCGAGAAGAGUAGGCUUCGACUUGGGUAAGAGAAGCGAUGAGCCCCAAAGCUUGUUUGGCGGAAGUGCUUCCUCUUCCUAG